AAUUAUUCUUGGCUUACCUGCUAUUCUACCUGAAUUUUAGGCUUGUUAACUAAAAAUCCUGUUGGGAUUUUAAGUGGAAUUGAAUUGAAUUUAUAGGUUAAUUUGAGAGAAAUGGAUAGUCCUACAAUGUGUGGUCUCCCUAUCCAUGAACUUGGUAUAAUCUCUCCAUUUAUUUAGCUUGUUGUUGUUGUUGUUGUAGCACUUUGGCCUUGGAAUUUUUCUUAACAAUCUUAAUAUUCUUUUUCAUUUGGUGCAAAUUUUGACUAUCCUCCACUGCUGCCUGGCAAAUUAUUACUUAGCCAUUAAGUCUUAGCUCAAAUGCCACCUCCUCUGUGAAACCUUCCUUCAUUACUUUAGGCAGAGUUGGUGGAUCCUUCUCUUAAGGCCUCAUCAACCAGGGUAUUUUGCAUACAAUUGCAAGAAUGGAUAUUACUAACAGCUGACUAUAUGCCAACGCACUGAGUUAAGCACUCUCUGAGCAUGAACUCAUAUAAUCUCCAAAACAGCCGUUUAAACUCAAAGUUGGUGCUAUUAUCUCCAUUUAUGACAGGAUAAGCUCAGAGAGAGCAACUUGUCUGAGGCACACAGCCAGGAUGAGCUAGGGCAGGAUAUAAGCCCAGGCACUCUAGCCUCAGAGCCCAUGCUCUGGUGAAUCCCUUUGGAAGCAGUUGUAUUAAGAACGGAAGUUGUACUUUUACAUUGUUGGUGGGAGUGUAAAUUAGUUCAACCAUUGUGGAAGACACUGUGGCGAUUCCUCAAGGAUCUAGAACCAGAAAUAUCAUUUGACCCAGCAAUCUUAUUACUGGGUAUAUACCCAAAGGAUUAUAAAUCAUGCUACUAUAAAGACACAUGCACACUAUUUACAAUAGCAAAGACUUAAAACCAACCCAAAUGUCCAUCAGUGAUAGACUGGAUAAAGAAAAUGUGGCACAUACAUACCAUGGAAUACUAUGCAACCAUAAAAAAUAAUGAGCUCAUGUUCUUUUCAGGGACAUGGAUGAAGCUGGAAGCCAUCAUUCUCAGCAAACUAACACAGGAACAGAAAACCAAACACCACAUGUUCUCAGUCACAAGUAGGAGUUGAACAAUGAGAACACAUGGACACAGGGAGGGGAACAUCACACACGGGGGCCUGUCAGGGCGUUGGGGGGCAAGGGGAGGGAGAGCAUUAGGACAAAUACCUAAUGCAUGUGGGGCUUAAAACCUAGAUGUCAGGUUGAUAGGUGCAGCAAACCACCAUGGCACAUGUAUACCUAUGUAACAAACCUGCACGUUCCGCACAUGUAUCCCAGAACUUAAAGUAAAAUUUAAAAAAAAGAAAAAAGUAAAAAGAACUGAAGUUGUUUACUUGCUCUCAUUCAUGCAUCUCAGAGAAACAGGUUUGAGUGCACACCCUGGAUUAGGCACUGAGAAAGGCACUAGCUGGACAGGUGGUGAUGAAUAAAACAGACAGUAAAUAGAAAUUACAUCAUAAUAAUGUAUCAUAUAUUUUUAAAUACCUACAAGAUAUUUUAAAUGUUCUCACCACAAAGAAAUGACAAAUACUUGGGCCAGACGUGGUGGCUCAUACCUGUAAUCCCAGCACUUUGGGAGACCAAGGUGGGCAGAUCACCUGAGGUCAGGAGUUCGAGACCAGCCUGGCUAACAUGGUGAAACCCCGUUUCUACUAAAAAUACAAAAAAUUAGCCGGGCGUGGUGGUGCACACCUAUAAUCCCAGCUACUUGGGAGGCUGAGGCAGGAGAUUAGCUUGAAACUGGGUGGCAGGAGUUGCAGUGAGCCGAGAUUGCGCCACUGCACUCAAGCCUGGGCGACAAGAGCAAAACUUUGUCUCAAACAAACAAAAAACAAAAACAAGAGAAAUGAUAAAUAUUUGAGUGAUAAAUAUGCUCAUUAGCCUGAUUUGAACACGGCACAAUUAUACACACAUUGAAAAAUCACAUGGUACCCCAUAAACAUAGACAAUAAUUUGUCAAUUAAAAGUGAAAUAACACUUAAAAAAUAAAAAGUAAAAAGUGAAAAUUACACCAAUAAAUAUAAGAGGUACAAAUUGUGCUAAGUGCCCUGGGGACAAGAGGAAAGGCGGGAAAACCCAGGUCUACAUGAAUGAGAGCUACAAAGGGAAGAGGACAGGAGGGAGGCAAUUGCAGGAGGGGAAUUGGGAGAAUGCAUGCCCUUGGGCGCAGGUCACAGGAAAGAACUCAUGAGCUUGAUUCAGGAUGUGUUGAAUUUUCGGGCCCGAGACACGUCCAGUCUGCGGAAGUUUGGACGUACGGAAAUCUGGGACUCUGUCAUCGUGGCUGGGUUGAAGGCAGAGGAUGGUAAUCACUAAGGAGCAGGCUGUGGUUAAGCCACCAGCAUGGAUGAGACUCCCCGAAAGGAAGCUGCAGAAUGAGAGGCAGGCAGAAGAGAGGAAAGAAGAAAAUCACAGAGGUGGGGAUGUCUUUGCAUCCGUGUGUCUCCAGUGCCCAAAACGGGGCCUCGCGGAGAAGAGGUGCUCGGUACCUGUCUGUUGCCUGGCGGGCUGAAUGAAUACAUGGGCGACUGUCUCAGUGUCGCCUUAGUUGUGUCCCUUCCUCUCUAAACCUCCGUUUCCCUCUGACCUGGGUCGGGCGGGCAGCUGCGGCUGCUGGGGCUCCGUGGGGUCCCUCCAAGACGCGUAUCCGCAUCUGCCCGCCGGGCGUUUGCGGUGCGCAGUGUCCACUGGAGCGCGCGAGCCCCUGGGACCGCGGAGGACAGUGGCCUCGCUUGCCUGUGCGAUCGCCCAGGAGUUCCGGGCUGGAGAGUGCGAGCGGGGAAAAAGGGUCCUGCACCUACAGUGGGGCGGACGUGGCGAGGAAGCCAGCGGGGACCGGGAAGUGAGGCCCGCGGUGCGGAGGGCGCUGGGCGUCGGGGGACACCUCUCGGAGAGACACGGUAGGGGCGGAAGUAAGGAGGUGGAAAGGAGAGGGAGAUCGGGGAGAUAGACCUGAGAGACCCAGAGGCCUGCGGAGAUUUUCAUCCGGGACCCUUCAGAGCCCAGGAAAGAGCAGUGUCCCUCCCGCGCGAUGGCCUCGGCGCUGAGCUAUGUCUCCAAGUUCAAGUCCUUCGUGAUCUUGUUCGUCACCCCGCUCCUGCUGCUGCCACUCGUCAUUCUGAUGCCCGCCAAGUUUGUCAGGUGUGCCUGCAUCAUCAUCCUCAUGGCCAUUUACUGGUGCACAGAAGUCAUCCCUCUGGCUGUCACCUCUCUCAUGCCUGUCUUGCUUUUCCCACUCUUCCAGAUUCUGGACUCCAAGCAGGUGUGUGUCCAGUACAUGAAGGACACCAACAUGCUGUUCCUGGGCGGCCUCAUCAUGGCCGUGGCUGUGGAGCGCUGGAACCUGCACAAGAGGAUCGCCCUGCGCACGCUCCUCUGGGUGGGGGCCAAGCCUGCACAGCUGAUGCUGGGCUUCAUGGGCGUCACAGCCCUCCUGUCCAUGUGGAUCAGUAACACGGCAACCACGGCCAUGAUGGUGCCCAUUGUGGAGGCCAUAUUGCAGCAGAUGGAAGCCACGAGCGCAGCCACCGAGGCCGGCCUGGAGCUGGUGGACAAGGGCAAGGCCAAUGAGCUGCCAGGGAGCCAAGUGAUUUUUGAAGGCCCCACUCUGGGGCAGCGGGAGGACCGAGAGUGGAAGAGGUUGUGUAAGGCCAUGACCCUAUGCAUCUGCUACACGGCCACCAUCGGGGGCACCGCCACCCUGACCGGGACGGGACCCAACGUGGUGCUCCUGGGCCAGAUGAAUGAGUUGUUUCCUGACAGCAAGAACCUCGUGAACUUUGCCUCCUGGUUUGCAUUUGCCUUUCCCAACAUGCUGGUAAUGCUGCUGUUCGCCUGGCUGUGGCUCCAGUUUGUUUACAUGAGAUUCAAUUUUAAAAAGUCCUGGGGCUGCGGGCUAGAGAGCAAGAAAAACGAGAAGGUUGCCCUCAAGGUGCUGCAGGAGGAGUACCAGAAGCUGGGACCCUGGUCCUUUGCGGAGAUCAAUGUCCUGAUCUGCUUCCUCCUGCUGAUCGUCCUGUGGUUCUCCCGAGACCCCGGCUUCAUGCCCGGCUGGCUGACUGUCGCCUGGAUGGAGGGUGAGACAAAGUAUGUCUCCGAUGCCACUGUGGCCAUCUUAGUGGCCAUGCUGCUAUUCAUUGUGCCUUCACAGAAGCCCAAGUUUAACUUCCGCAGCCAGACUGAGGAAGAAAGGAAAACUCCAUUUUAUCCGCCUCCUCUGCUGGAUUGGAAGGUAACCCAGGAGAAAGUGCCCUGGGGCAUCGUGCUGCUACUAGGGGGCGGAUUUGCUCUGGCUAAAGGAUCCGAGGCCUCGGGGCUGUCCAUGUGGAUGGGGAAGCAGAUGGAGCCCUUGCACGCAGUGUCGCCGGCAGCCAUCACCUUGAUCUUGUCCUUGCUCAUUGCCAUAUUCACUGAGAGCACAAGCAACGUGGCCACCACCACCUUGUUCCUGCCCAUCUUUGCCUCCAUGUCUCGCUCCAUCGGCCUCAAUCCGCUGUACGUCAUGCUGCCCUGUACCCUGAGUGCCUCCUUUGCCUUCAUGUUGCCUGUGGCCACCCCUCCGAAUGCCAUCGUGUUCACCUACGGGCACCUCAAGGUUGCUGACAUGGUGAAAACAGGAGUCAUAAUGAACAUAAUUGGAGUCUUCUGUGUGUUUUUGGCUGUCAACACCUGGGGACGGGCCAUAUUUGACUUGGAUCAUUUCCCUGACUGGGCUAACGUGACACAUAUUGAGACUUAAGAAGAGCCACAAGACCACGCACACAGCCCUUACCCUCCUCAGGACUACCGAACCUUCUGGCACACCUUGUAGAGAGUUUUGGGGUUCACACCCCAGAAUGACCCAACGAUGUCCACACACCCCCAAAACCCAGCCAAUGGGCCACCUCUUCCUCCAGGCCCAGAUGCAGAGAUGGUCAUGGGCAGCUGGAGGGCAGGCUCGGAAAUGAAGGGAACCCCUCAGUGGGCUGCUGGACCCAUCUUUCCCAAGCCUUGCCAUUAUCUCUGUGAGCGAGGCCAGGUAGCCGAGGGAUCGGGAUGCAGGCUCCGGUACCCGCUCUGCCCCAGGCAUCCCCCACACAGGGCUCUGGUUUUCACUCGCUUCGUCCUAGGUAGUUUAAAUGGGAAUCAGAUCCCCUGGCUGACAGCUAAGACAACCACCUACCAGUGCCCAUGUCCCUUCCAGCUCACCUUGAGCAGCCUCAGAUCAUCUCUGUCACUCUGGAAGGGACACCCCAGCUGGGGACGGAAUGCCUGGUCUUGAGCAGCCUCCCACUGCUGGAGUGAGAGUGGGAAUCAGAGCCUCCUGAAGCCUCUGGGAACUCUUCCUGUGGCCACCACCAAAGGAUGAGGAAUCUGAGUUGCCAACUCCAGGAUGACACCUGGCUUCCCACCCACAGUGCACCACAGGCUGACCUACUCCCUUCAUCACUUAGUUCUGUUUUAAUCGACUGGCCCCCUGUCCCACCUCUCCAGUGAGCCUCCUUUAACUCCUUGGUCCCCUGUUUUCUGGGCCAACAUUUACCAAGACGCCCUGGCUGGCACCCUCUGGGGUCCCCCUUUUCUCCCAGGCAAGUCAUCUUUUCUGGGAGCUGCUUCCCCUGCCAUCCCCAAAUAGCUAGAAUCACACUCCACACUCCAAGUAUGGGCAGUGAUGGCGCUCUGGGGGCCACAGUGGGCUGUCUAGGUCCUCCCUCGCCUGAGGCCCAGAGUGGACACAGCUGUUAACUUCCACUGGCUAUGCCACUUCAGAGUCUUUCAUGCCAGCGUUUGAGCUCCUCUGGGGAAAAUCUUCCCUUCGUUGACUGGCCUUCACAGCCAUGGCUGGUGACAACAGAGGAUCGUUGAGAAUGAGCAGUGCUUGGUGAUCUCUCAGCAAACAACCCCUGCCUGUGGGCCAAUCUACUUGAAGUUACUUGGACAAAGACCCCAAAGUGGGGCAACAACUCCAGAGCGGCUGUGGGAAUCUUCAGAACCCCCCUGUAAGAGACAGACACAAGAGACAAGCAUCUUCUUUCCCCCACAAGUCCAUUUUAUUUCCUUCUUGUGCUGCUCUGGAAGAGAGGCAGCAGCAAAGAGAUGAGCUCCUGGAUGGCAUUUUCCAGGGCAGGAGAAAGUAUGAGAGCCUCAGGAAACCCCAUCAAGGACCGAGUAUGUGUCUGGUUCCUUGGGUGGGGGGAUUCCUGACCACACUGUCCAGCUCUUGCUCUCAUUAAAUUCUCUGUCUCCCAUGGAAA